CAAUUCCGGGUCAAUCUCUCGAGGCUCGUCGCGCGCGCCGAUGUAUACAUGUCACACGCGCACACGUGCGUGCGCGUUAUACUGUACGUAAAUGCCACGAUAAUCUGCGUCGUCUUCCCGUCGAAACACGUAUAUUAUCUCGUUACUAUCGCCCCCGCCGUUGGGGACCCGCGAUACCAAAGUAUAUUUUAAGUGUUCCUCCUUUAUCGCGUUCAGAUGAAUCACUUUCUGUUCGGUCGGCGCGGUCCGGCUGAACCCCGAGCCAGCAUAUUCCCGUCUCGAGGAACCGAACGAUGGUCCGUUAAAAAAAGUCAUCGCGAUCAGUGGUGUGCCAUGUUAGCGUUAGCGAAGAUCGCGUUAUUCGUGGUCGCGCUCUUCUUCGUGAGUUUCGUGGAAGCGAAGUAUGGUUUUUUCUCGCGCGUCCUCCGAUCGAGUUCAUCGAGCGACGAUGAUCAAUCGUGGGACCUAUCUAGCGCGUGGGAGCGCCGAGGGGAUCGGUACUUGGAGCAGUGUCGUUUCGUCGACGCAUGGAAGGAGCAUCUCGGCUAUGUGAGCGUGCUGGCCUUCCUGGACACUGCCUGGCAUUACAGCUUCCGACAGGCGGUCAUGCUGGAGCUGCUGAGCUUGCGUUUGCGGAAGUCCGGCUUCCCGGACAUACGGUUCUUCGUGAUAACCCCGCCAUCCGACUCGAUGGAGAACGAGAGGAGCGAGGACGAUCUCGAGAUUGAGGUGUGGCGGCAGAUUGAAGCGAAGCACAGCUUCGAUAUGGAGAGCCUCGUAAACAAUGACUUUCUCAAGAGUAACGAAUCGGGGAUCGUCUACCUGCAAGACGAUCCGCAGUCUCGUUUGUGGGAAAGAUUCGGCGCGUCGAGGGACCAAGUGAUCACCAUCGAUCGAUGCGGGAAGUUGACAUACGACGUGAUGAUGCCGUGGAGUAUCCUGUUCUUUCCUUACGUGAAAGGGGCUAUACUGUCCACGUACGAGGAGGACCCGUGCGGCGGAUGUGACUUUCAGCCUACCAUCCAUCAAGCACCGAGUCACGAGGAGCAAUUAACGACCGGCGAGGAAAAAGUAAAUCCGGAGCAGAGUAAGACCGACGCUAACAUUGAUGCAAUCUGGACCACCGAGAGUCUGGAGGACGCCAUUCUGCGCCACGAAUCGUCGUCGGAAGAAGGGCGCGAGGAGAGCACUGCAUCCUCCAUCCCCCUCGAGGAGGUCACGAACGAUACCGAUCAUCCAACUGUCUCGAUAGAAUCGCCAACGGAGUCCACGACUUAUCGGUACAAUACUAACAAAACUGAGUCUCAAUUCGACGAGGGUGGUUCGGACUUGGAAGAUAGGAACACGACACCGGAAAACACCGAGAAUUUCGGGGAUGACAUAUUUUUACCGUUACGCAUAAUUCUGUACGCGCCACACGUACAUAAAAACAGCGAGAAGACGAAGAAGCACUCGCACUUGAUCCUCACGGUCGGCGAUCCUGACCUUCAUGGACAUCUUGAUUCCGAGGUCGACGUCGCAUCACCGACGGAUUCGUGGCGGGGCGCCGAUUCUAGCGUAGAGGGCUCCGAAGAAUGGAGACCGAUGGAAACAGAUGUUAAUCAGAAUUAUACGUUCGACAAAGAUGAAAGCCCAGGAUUGUACGGCGAAGUGGCGGAGUAUUGGAGGAACUAUGAAUACAGCGAUAUCAUUGAUAGAAACGAAACGUUUAACGAUACUUACAAUAACUCUACGGAGCAUCUUACUGAUGUCAACGACCACACGAAGAGUUUCUCGAAGCCUGAAGAAAGCUACUCUGUUGCGAGUAUUACGGAAGAUCCGAAUGUUGAGAGUUCCACUGAUUCACAGAAUGUUGGAUCAAACACGAUGGAAUCUUCGAGGCCGAAUAACAUGAAUCAGGUCGAUAGGGAAGAAGAGCAAGACAAAUUAAUAACUGAACAUUAUAAAAAACUUAUACCUUGGCUCGAUUACAGAUUAAGCAAAUAAAUCAUUAUAUUUUUGUUUAA